AUGGAACAAUUCGUUAGUACACUAGAUGAGAAAGCAGCUUCUCAAGAUUCAACUUCAACUGCUUUAACCGAUGAGGAUAAGGAAAUACUCCGAAAUUGCCACCUAGCCAAAGAAUUUGCCUACGCCCCAUACAGUAAAUUCCGUGUUGGCUCUGCCCUAUUAGCUGAAAAUGGCAAAAUUUAUUUAGGCUGUAAUGUCGAAAAUGCUGCUUAUGGCGCUUGCAUUUGUGCAGAAAGAACCGCUAUUGUCAAAGCAGUAAGCGAAGGCCAAAAAAAAUUCCGAAGUAUUGCUAUAACAGCUGACAUACAAGAUCAAUUUUGCUUACCUUGUGGUACGUGUCGACAAGUCCUUGCUGAGUUUAGUCCAGAUUGCGUCCUCUACUCGGUAAAGCCAGAUAAUCAAUAUAUACGGACAACUGUAAAAGAAAUUUUACCUCAUGCGUUCACUCCGCAACAUCUAAGUAUGAAUCAUCAACCCCGCCAAGUCGAUACUUCCUCGAAAUUUCACAAAAUCGAGACUGACUCGCAAUUGAAUGAAAAAGAAUAA